CCAUUCCCGUGGCGGCGGGCGCAUGGCGGGGCCCGGCGGCGCGGGGGCACCGGGAGCGUCCCGGGAGCUGCUGGACGUGGGACGGCGGGCAGGGCUGGAAGACAUUUUGCUGAUUAAUUCAAAAUGUAGCAGCAAGAAGGCCACGACUUUACAGACAGUCAGGAUGCCAAGGAGCAGUGUUUUGGACCGAGUACAGAGCUUUUUACCACAGAUGGCCCAGGCAAAUGAUGAGCUCAAAAGAAAAAUGAUAACAGCACCAGCUCAUCAAUUUGAUAUUGAAAAUCUAGACAGUGCAACUGAAAAAGUUAUAGAAAUGAAUGUGGCUGUAGUUGAACUGAGUGAUUCUGAUACAGAUGAGGAGAUGCUAACUUCAGAAGAUGACUCGGAAUCUGAAGAUGACUCUGUCAGCGAUGAAGUGACAAUAGACAACAUUAAGUUUCCUAAGCAAAAGGGAGAAAAGGGCAAAAUAGAAAUUUUGGACAGCAAAGUGAAUGAGUAAAUCCAUUUUAUUUUACUUUAAAAAAACCCAACCAAACCAACUCAUGUCUUCUCACUUCGAAGACUUGGCCCUUAAAACUAUUUUGUUUCCCAGUGUAGCAUCUGUCGUGUGAAAUGCUAUAGUUUACGUGGUGGAGAAUUCAGGAUCAACUCAUGACUGAAGGAGGCUGGGUUUCUGAAGAUUUAAGUACGAUUUGAUUCAUCCAAAAACAUGGACAUGGACUUUGUAGUAGAUUAGACUGAGAAA